AUGGCAACUACUAGUUCUGUUUUGUUUUACUUUUGUGUAUUUCUCGUGUGCCAUGGGUCCAUGGCUCAACUGUUUGGCCAGAGCUUUACUUCAUGGCGAAGCUCCCGACAAGGAGGUUUAAGGGGGUGCAUAUUAGAUAGGCUACAAGCAUUUGAACCAAUUCAGCAAGUGAGGUCACAAGCUGGCCUCACUGAAUACUUCGAUGAGAAGAAUGAGCAAUUUCGUUGCACCGGGGUAUCUGUCAUCCGUCGUGUUAUCGAGCCUCAAGGCCUCUUAUUACCUCAAUAUCACAACACUCCUGGCUUGGUGUACAUUCUCCAAGGUAGUGGUUACACAGGGCUGAUUUUGCCUGGAUGCCCAGAGACCUUCCAAAAAAAAUUCCAACAUUUUGGUCAAGCGUGGUUUGCCGAAGGUCAAAGCGAAAGGCAAAAGUUUAAGGACGAGCACCAAAGAGUUCACCAUUUCAAGCAAGGAGAUGUUGUUGCACUGCCAUCUGGCAUUGUACAUUGGUGCUACAAUGAUGGUGAUGUGCCAAUUGUGGCUUUGUAUGUCUUCGACGUAAACAACAAUGCUAAUCAGCUUGAACCUAGACAGAAGUAUAUAUUAGUGACAUAUUAUUCAACAUUUUUACUUGAUAAUAUGAAUUUUCAGGAUUUCUUGCUGGCUGGUAACAACAAGAGAGAGCAACAAUUUGGACAAAACAUAUUCAAUGGAUUUAGUGUCCAAUUGCUAAGUGAGGCCUUUGGUAUCGAUCAACAAAUGGCACAAAGGAUAAGGAAUCAAAGUGACCAAAGAGGCGAUAUAAUUCAUGUUAAUCACCGCCUUCAGUUCUUGAAGCCCACUGUGAACAAGCAAGAACUAGUAGAGAAGCAAGCAUACCUACCAAUUCAUCAAUAUCAGCUAAGUCAAUCAAUGAGUGGAAGUCACAAUGGUUUAGAGGAGAACUUUUGUUCAUUAGAGGCAAGGAAGAACAUUGAAAACCCUAAUAAUCCCGACACAUACAACCCACGUGCUGGCAGUAUAACACGCCUCACCAGCAAUAGUUUCCCCAUCCUUCACCUUGUGCAAAUGAGUGCUACAAGAGUAAAUCUCUACCAGAAUGCUGUCCUUUCACCAUUCUGGAACAUUAAUGCACACAGUGUCAUGUACAUAAUCCAAGGACAUGCUCGAGUUCAGGUUGUCAAUAACUAUGGUCGGACCGUAUUCGACGACCUUGUUCAUAAAGGGCAAUUGUUAAUCAUACCCCAACACUAUGUUGUUCUCAAGAAGGCAAAGCGUGAAGGAUGCCAAUACAUAUCAUUCAAGACCAACCCAAACUCCAUGGUUAGUCACAUCGCAGGAAGGAACUCUAUCAUGAGUGCCUUGCCUGUUGAUGUCAUCGCCAAUGCUUUUCAGAUUUCCAGACAAGAAGCCCGAAACCUUAAAAACAAUAGGGGAGAAGAGUAUGGCGCAUUCACUCCUGAAUUUACCCCAACGAGCUGGCAGAGUUACCCAGACAAUGAUGAGGAGUCCUCUUCAUCUAAUAAGGCAUCCAAGUGAACUUCCGAGUGUUCCAAGAACUAGUACAUGGAAAUAAAGGCAUCACAAGUGUGUGUCAUGUUGGUGUAUAAUGCUGAUAAGGCAUAAAAAGGUUCAUCAAGUUACAUCAUUUUUGUGCAAUUAUGAUAUUGCUAUUUUUUAUUUUUAUUUUUGGUCAAUUCCCCUCCCUCUCUCCAUGAAUUUGCUGGCAUUUUGUACCUCAUGCUCCUGUAGA